AAAGAUCCUCCUUGGAGAGAUAUAUAUCUAAAAUUGAAUCACGCUUCAACCUGUCUGAGGAUUACAUAUAUCUGACUCACCUGUUUGACAUUCUCCACAUAAGGAAUGGCCAUAGCGAGGAAUCUCUUUUGGAUAAGGAAAUUCGUGAAACGUGUUGGCCAUUCUAUCGGAGUCCAACAACCGCCUUAACGCAUUUAGACAGUAUGAACAGUGUAAAUAUUUCACAAAAAAAUGAAAAAAACGAAACUGAUGAGGAAGUAAAUAGAGCAGAAAUCGUUGCGAAAACUGGUUUGGACGAUGUUCAAUUUCGAUUGGACGCAUCGGGAGGCCGAGACUCCUGUGACUUGAGAAAUGUUAACGUCAACUCGGAGAUUUUCACCACCCAGGACUACUUAAAUCGGGUGAAGUUUGCUUUCAAGUUGGGCUUCAGUGAGGGCCAGUUGAAGAUUGCUUUAUCCGAGUUGGGAACAGCCGCGCCGAAAGAUAACGAUCUUCUGCAGGAAUUGAUCAAAUUAGGAUCAAUCGGAAAAAGUAUCGAUGAAGAAAGCGACCUCGAAGAUGAGGACGUCUUUGACGAGGAAGAUGCCAUUCUGCAGCCGAAAACGAUGGAGAAGUUGAAAGACGCAGAAUCCAAUCUCCGACCUAUAGUCAUCGAUGGCAGCAAUGUUGCUAUGAGCCAUGGUAAUAAAGAAACGUUCAGCUGUUACGGCAUAAAGUUAGCGGUGGAUUUCUUUCGUCAACGCGGCCACAAAGAGAUCCAUGUGUUCGUACCACAGUGGAGGAAGGAAACACCACGACCCGACUCGCCAAUCACAAACCAGGAAGUACUUUUUCAAUUGGAGGGAGAAAAAGUUCUCUGUUAUACUCCCUCUCGACGCAUUGGAGGAAAGCGAGUGGUGUGUUAUGAUGAUAGAUACAUUAUCAAACUGGCGGCGGAAACAAACGGCAUCGUCGUAUCCAAUGACAAUUAUCGUGAUUUGAUAAACGAAGAAUCUGGUUUCAAAAAAGUCAUCGAAGAGCGAUUGUUGAUGUUUUCUUUCGUCAAUGACCGUUUCAUGCCGCCUGCAGACCCCCUCGGUCGCCACGGGCCCACCCUGGACAACUACCUCCAGAAGGAGCCAUCCCUGCCAGAGACACUGCCCCCAAUCUGCCCCUACCUCAAGAAGUGCACCUACGGCAACAAGUGCAAGUACUACCACCCCGAGAGGGGCAACAAGCCGCAGAAACUCAUUACGGAGAAACUGGCGGAGGAAGCUCAGUUGAAAAUGAUCCAGGUGACGGAAAGACAGCUGUCGGAACAGAAUGAUGACUCCCUUGAUGCAAAAUCAAAGCUGACGAAAGAUGACGUCAAACCUUCCAUGGAGGACAAAGAGCGACAGAAAAAACAUAACGAAAACUUGGAUCAUUAUCGCAGACAAGUCGAAGAAUCUGAACGAAAAGCUGCCCGUGCUCAGUCGCAGACAGAAGACAAUCAGGAAAAUGAUAGUCUGCCUGUGGUUUUCCCACCACCUCACUUGAGUGGACGAGUGAGUGACGGUACGCAUCUGUCUGUUGCCAAAACGUUAUCUGACGAGAGUACUGCGUACAGACCAGGAUUAAAUCAAAGACGCCGCAGUGUUCCAAAUCCCGAACAGGAAACGGAGUUGUUAAGGAGACAGUUUUCGCGCCAGAUGUCCCUGCAGUCGAGGUUGGAGAGGCAGGGUAGUGGCAAGUGGAGUACGUAUCGGACGGGGCCUGAACCGACGGAGGCACACUCUCCAUUGCCCCAGGCCCCGUCCCAGUCAGUGCUACAGACACUCCCUCCUAGAGCUGACAUUGGCUACAGACAGCAGCCACCUAUGAGUGACUAUGUUUACCAGCCUCAUAUGAACUAUCAUCCUGAUUAUCAUAAUCCUAAUCUUGGUGGUCAAAUGCCUUUGCAAGGAAUGCGGCCCUCGUCCAUGUCUUACCCGCACCCGGCGAUGCACCAACGGGCUAGUCGGAACUUCCAACCGUCGUACCCCCCUGUGAUGCGAUACGGUGGUGGGUACAUGCAACAAACAGUGCACCAAUCGGUGUCGAAUCUAUCUCAACGCUGGGUCCCGGCCACUGGGUAUGAGGCCCCCAUGUUCCCAGAACUUCCAGAUCAGAACAUACCGCCUCUUUCCUAUGUGACUGGUCCCCCAGUAGAAAAUGAAGUCGACUAUAGAUUAGAUCCGCAACAGGAUUUACGAUACAACGUUCCACUGGAGAAUCCGUACUGUUCUACUGUUCCUGAGAACAGUACGUUACCUCCAAUACCAGCGCCUUGUCAAAUCACCGAUCCUAGCCGUUAUGCAGUUUAUGUGAAUCUGUCUAAUAUUUAUGGAGAGGAAACGGUGCGGCGAGUGAUGCACGAUCACCCCAAUGAGAUACAGGCUCACAUCAUCGCCACGUACGCUGCAGGAGCAUGCAACUGAAACAUAGGUUAUCACUGAACAUUGUCUAUCACAAAUAGAUUAUUUAAAGGGGGACUAUAGGUAGCAACAGGGGUGUUGAAUUGGCCAUGUUUAAGUGACUACUAUAAGCAGUAAGGGCACUGGAUCAUGUUAGAUUCAGUACUACAUAUAUCUCUCGUGUUCUGUGAGAUGGGAGAGACCUCUAUUGGCAACUUUGUGUAACUUUAUCUUGCCUACCUAGCUCCUGUCUAUAGAGUCCCUUUAAGGAGUGCCAGUAGUUAGAAAGCCUGGCCAGUUCUUUACACAAAUGUGAGGAGCAAGUCACGUUUGGGAAAUAUGGAUUUAGCCACAUAUUUAAAUGCUAAGGAAGGGAGGGAGUCCAGCUACUGGGGUGUCCACCAUCAGUGGUUUCAUUGUAUUGUUGCUUAGAGGGGAAAAUAUCUAGUGAUAUUAAAUGUGUACACCUUCCUUGUUGUGCUUGAGUAUACCCUGUACUGAUCGUAUAAGGCCUUUGUAUUCCGGUUCAGUUCAUAUCAUAUGUACAACUAAAGAUGUGUGAAGUUCAUGCAUAUACAUGUAACCUAGUCAUAGGUUGUGUUGGUUCUGGGAAUACUCUAAAAUCACCUCUAUAAGACCUGCUUGAAGUGGCUAUCUAAAGGCAUUGAUGAAAAGUGUUUCUUGUCUGUUCACAUGUACAGAUUUCGAAUUGAUUUUUCAAUUUCAUUGGAAGAUGAAUUUCAAAUGAAUUCAAUAGAUAAAUGUAACAGAUCUGAUCAAUUAAAAUCUUUGAAAAUUGUGACUUGAAUAGCUAUUGAAGACAUUAUACAUUAUACAAUAGAACUGACUAGAGUGUUGUAACCCAGUAAUAUACAACUGAAAGUAAUUUUUGUGCCGAAAAAACAAUCGAUUUUCCCAAAAAUGUAAUGAUAUUUUAAUUGCAAUUCACCAUCUCGGAUAAAGAGGUCUCCGAUGUUAGGAAUGUAUACUUUAUGUACCAUUGUAAAAUUUGUCGCAUUUCUUCAAAAUUGGCAUUUUAAAACUUGGUGUCGGCUUAAUCUUGAUGAUGACCACUUUUUUAAAAUGCCCCAAAUCGGUUUUGAGCAUAUUUCAUAACCUUGAACAAAUGUUACCAAAAUGAUCUUAUAGUUGUGAUAUUAGAGUAUAGAUGUUUAUCCGUAUUGUUUCGUUUCUAUGUGUGCGUACUUAUAUACCGAACCAGGAAGUGGUUUUAUGUAAAUUAUGUUAUAUAUCGCAUAGGCCUGCCUGAAAAUUAUUUUAGUCUGCUGUAAUGCUACCAACAUCUUUUUAGUGACCAAAAUUGAUUUAAGUUAUGAUUCUGGAGUAGUGCGACAGCAAGCAGAGAUAUUUUUAAGUAUGGCCUCAACUAUAAAGUGUUCUCACCAGGUAUUACGGUAUGUUAUAAUAUUUCUCGAAAUGUUUGGAUCGAGGAAGCAUUAUUUGGUAAUGAAUGAGUGAUUCAGUAUCGUGUAGGCUUUAAAGGCCCGUUCUAAUGUAUAGCCCGACUGAGGUUCAUUUCAUUUAAGCUCUCUCAGUACGGGGUGAUGCAAAAAAAUGCAACCCAAAUGUGUUCACCAGCGGCAUGGAAAGGGUUAGCUAAAUAGCUAUUGGGUUGGCUAAUUAGCUCUUGGGUUAGCUAAUUGGCUCUUGAUCAGUUCAGUAGGUUUGCAUAGUUGUGUUAGCAUUUCCACCAUGAUUAAGUCCAUUGAGGGGGACUUUUCUCUUUCUGGAAGAAGUUCUUCUCAAAAGGGUCAACGUUUUUUGGUCCAAAGUGCACAGUGUACAGUUGAGUGUACUGAAUGUAAGGUAAGGUGAUACAAUUAUUGCCCUGGUACAUAUAUAAUCUCUAUGUGCAUCAAUGUGUACUGCUACAAUUGUACCCUAUACCUUACAUAGAAGAGUCAGUUUACCUGCUUUAGAAUGAAAUGAACCUUUGUAUAUAUACAUGUAUAUAUGCGUGGAGGUUUGAUUAUGUGCAGUGGUAAAGUUGUACAUGUGCAUCAGAUAAAUUGUUCGUAGGAUAUCUUAUCCAGGAAUAAAAAUGUAAAUCAAAUUGAAGAAAUAAAGUUCUUAGAUAAAA